AUGGUGAUAUCUGUAUGUGAGAAGGUAAGAAAUCACAUACCUAAUGAUCUUUCUUUCUUCAUUCUAUCAAAACUUCCUUUAAAAUCAUUGAAGCGCUUUGGAUGUGUAAACAAAACAUGGUCUGUUUUUUUUGAAAACCCUAAUUUUAUGAUCGAGUUUUGCAAUAAUUUCAUAUCCAUUCCUCACUCUUAUUACAAUGAUGCAUCUCUCCUCCUUUAUCAAGUUAAAUGGAAUCACAAUCAUACUUACAUGAGUUUCCCUUUGUAUUUACUUUCCGGUGAGAGAUUUGAGAAUAAAGUUAAAUUGGACUUUCCAAAUCCAUUUCAACAUGACAACCCUGGCUAUUAUAUAUUGGUUUCUGGUAGUAUAAAUGGAAUUUUAUGUCUUUACGAUGAUGAGGACAUGAUUAUAUUAUGGAAUCCAACUAUAAAAGAAUUCAAAGUCAUUCCUCCUAGCCCUGUCGAUUCUCUACCACCUUAUCGGGCUAUUAUGAAGGAAAUUCAUGGAUUUGGUUAUGACCCUGUUAGGGAUGACUAUAAGAUUAUUAGGAAAGUAGGUUUUAUUAAUGUAACAGAUGAUGAUGAUGAUCAUCAUGUUAUUCCGUCUGAUGCACAAUGGGAAGAUAUGUGUGAGAACUAUGAACCCUUUUGGGAGGUAUAUAGCCUAAUAUGUAACUCUUGGAGGAAAGUUGAUCUCGUCCUUCCUACUUGUUGUUCGGAGGGCAGCCAUUAUAAUAAUGAUCUAUUGUACUUGGAUGGAAUGUGUCAUUGGCUCUCGAUCUCUCAUGGACAAUAUGGUGAACAAUACUUGGUGUCGUUUGAGUUUACUAAUGAAGUUUGUUUUACCACACUCAUGCCCACACUCGUAUUCUUAGACACAGAUCCCGAUAAUGUUUUGCACCCUGCAGUGGUGUUGUUAAAUGGAUCCAUUGCUUCGAUUUUAGGGUAUACAACUACUUUUCACAUAUCAAUUUUAGGCAAAUUGGGUGUAAGUGAAUCUUGGACUAAAAUCUUUGUUAUUGGACCCUUGUCCGACGACAUUAUGUAUCCUAUUGGAGCGGGAAAGAAUGGAGAUAUAUUCUUCGCAAGGAAAGAAGGAAGAGAACCAAUUUGCUUUGAUUUAUGUACCCAAAUGAUUGAGGAGCUUGAUGGGGUCAAAGGAGCGUAUUAUUCUAAAAUAAUAAUUUAUAAAGAAAGCCUUGUUUCAAUUGGACAAAUAAAUCAUUAG